AGAGUUAGCGAUAUGAGUCAAAGAGAAAUAGUUACUUUAUUUCACAUCGUUUUUAUAGCCAACAUGAAUUAUUAAUUACGAAUUCUGAAUAUCAAUUCUUGAAUUGGAAUUAUGUUAUCCACCGUACUGUACACGCUGUUCGUAUCGCUAGUUUUUGCUAAAGAAAAUGAUAUCAUUUUACAAAUAAAACCUGAAACUUUAAUCAGUACCAUUAAGUCGUUGAAGACUUCAGGAUAUUUUCAAAAACUAGCUGAUGAAUUUGCGCUUAAAACUGCGGAAGAGUUUAUUAAACAACUCAAAAAGCAGAAAAAGAGUUUUACAAGCACACAAGAACAAUUGGAUGAAAUGCCCCAACGUCAUAAAAGUCCAACUUCAAACGAACUUCCUAUAGCAUCAAUAGGUCAAGCGGAACCGCAGCCAAUGUUAUCGGACGGCAAAGUAUCACACGAGGACGAUGUUCAACGAAGAAUUAAAAACCCAUCUAAACAAAAAGUCAGUGAUAUAGCUUCUUCUGAAGAAAGAAGAAGUGAGCAAGUAAUGUUGACUCUUAUGGAAACGCCUCCUCCGGAUGGAGAUAACUUGGAAAAUGAAUCAGUCCUUACGGAUGUAGAGGAAAAGAAGACCGAAAAUCCUUUGAAUUUUAAUAAGGUUAAUGGCAAGUAUUAUAGAAGACACGAUUUCUUCUGGAAAUAA